AUGAUCUUCACUUCUCAAACUUCAUUUAUUAUCAUACCGUUGCUUCUAUUCACAACAAAAUUUAACAAAAUCAUAUGUAACACAAACAAGGCGGUUCGUUGCAAUGAGAAAGAUCGAAGACUCCUUUUGCUCUUCAAACAAGGAGUGAUAGAUCCUGCAAAUCGACUCUUCUCAUGGACUAGUGAAGAAGAAGAUUGUUGUUCAUGGAUAGGAGUUCAGUGUGACAACAUUACAGGCAGAGUUACAGAACUUGAUCUAGCUGGUCAGCUAUUACAAGGUGAUAUUAAUCUAUGUCUAGUACUUCAACUUGAAUUUCUCAACUACUUGGACUUGCACCAUAAUGAAUUUGUAACUGUGAGUAUUCCACCGUGCCAGCCCUCUAGAUCUUCUUCUGAUGAUCAAUCAGCAAAUCUUUCUGCUGCUUUACGUUACCUUGACUUUUCAUCUAAUUAUGAUUUGCCCAUCAAUGAUCUUCGUUGGCUUUCUGGACUUUCUUCCUUAAAUUAUCUUGAUCUGAAUGACUGUGAUAUUGAAAAUGAAACCAAAUGGCUCGAGUUUGUAGCUAUGCUUCCUUCACUAUCUGAGUUACACUUGAGAAGUUGUGGAUUGAGAGAUUUUCCACGCAUCAGUUAUGUCAACUUUACAUCUCUUUCAACUCUUGAUCUUUCUUUCAAUCUUCUCAACUCAGAAUUACCAUAUUCGUUAUUUAAUUUAACCAAUGACAUCUCUGUUCUUGACCUCAGCCACAAUGGUUUUUAUGGAAAAGUACCAAUGUCUUUGUUCAAGCUUCCAAAGCUAAAACAACUAAGCUUGAGCUUUAAUAGUAUCAAGGGGUCAAUUCCAGACUUGAUAGGCCAACAUGAACAGUUACAACAUCUUUUUCUCCGUGAAAAUUCAUUCAAUGGUUCAAUUCCACCAUCUCUUGGGAAUCUUUGUUCGUUAAUUUUCUUGGAUUUGUCAAACAAUCAAUUGAGUGGGGGUCUUCCAGAAAGUCUUGGACAUCUCCAUAACUUGAACCAUUUAAGCAUUGAAGACAAUCCUUGA